AUGGGUGCUGCCGGUGUAUCUGCCUUCACUGCCUCCAACGCAGGCGUCAAGAAUGGGUGUUUCUGGAAUGUUGACGGACUUGGUUCCUUCAACACUCAGUGGUCGGUUGCAGAGUUCACAACCAGCACCCUGAGCAGUGUUCAAGACGAACUAUCCGCCUCGUCAUACACAGUCGAGGCUGGCAAUUCACCACUAGCACGAAGAUUUGAUAUCACCAACAUUGGUAUCUCCUCUGACAAUGCCUUGACCUUGACCGUUCCCGGAGGACAGUCCACCGGUCCCAUUUCAUCCGCUCAGAUCACCACUGCAUACAGUGACAUCCUCUUCGGCAGUGUCCGGACAGUGGCAAUGGUCAGCGGCGCGGCAGGAACGACCCACGGAUUUACCUUUUACGCAAACGAUAACCAAGAAGUCGACUUUGCCUUCCUCAGUUCCGACCCAUCGGUCGUUCAUCUCACAAACGAACAAGUCAACAGCACGUCACCUUUUUCGACGUACACUGUUUCAGCUCCUUCCGAUGCAACAAGUGCUUACCACGAAUACCGUCUUGACUGGACUGCCGAUGCUACAAGAUUCUAUAUCGACGGUACUUUGGUUCAUACGAUCACUGAAAAUGUUCCCAGCCAGCAAGGCUUCUGGUUAUGGAACUCGUGGUCGAACGGCAACGCCUGGGCUCAAGGACCUCCCGCCACCAACUCUGUCCUCAAGAUCAAAAGCAUUGAUGCAUACUUCAACCGCACCUCCGUCAUCCCCAGCGGAUCCUGCCUCUCCUCCUCUUCCAACAAUAACGCCGCUGCCGCCGCCGCUUCCUCCACAUCAACAGCACCUUCCUACACUCCCGCCCCCACAGCCGCCAACGUCAAACUCUGCCCCAAAUACGAUGGCACAGUCUACACAGCCACCAACGGCGAUCUCUUCCAAGUCGCCUGCGGCACAGACUUUGCAGGUGGCGACUUCAAAAUGGUCUGGGUGAAUUCCAUGGGCGCUUGUAUCGAAGCUUGCUCUUCUACUGAAGGAUGUGUGGAUGUGAGUAUGAGUGGAACUGCUUGUUACAUGAAGAACAAGUUGAAGAAUGCGUUGAAGAAUUCUGGUGUCAAUGGUGCGAAGAAGAUUUCAGCUUGA